UCGCCCUCCGUCUGCUCCCUCCUCGCCGCCGCCACCAAACCGGAGGAGGGAUGACCCUGUCCGGCGGCGGCAGCGCCAGCGACAUGUCCGGCCAGACGGUGCUGACGGCCGAGGACGUGGACAUCGAUGUGGUGGGCGAGGGCGACGACGGGCUGGAGGAGAAGGACAGCGACGCGGGCUGCGAUAGCCCCGCGGGGCCGCCUGAGCUGCGCCUGGACGAGGCGGACGAGGGGCCGCCGGCGGCGCCCCAUCACGGGCAGCCUCAGCCGCCCCACCAGCCAGCCCUGGCAUUGCCCAAGGAGGCUGCGGGCGCCGGGAGCGGCCCGGGGAGCGAGGCGGGAACGCCGGAGGCGGACGGCUGUAAGGGCGGGGAGGAGGGCGCCGGGAGCGGCGGCGGGCCGGGCGCCGGCAGCGGUGCGGCGGGCGGCCUGACCCCCAGCAAGCCCAAGAACAGCCUGGUGAAGCCGCCCUACUCAUACAUCGCGCUCAUCACCAUGGCCAUCCUGCAGAGCCCGCAGAAGAAACUGACCCUGAGCGGCAUCUGCGAGUUCAUCAGCAACCGCUUCCCCUACUACCGGGAGAAGUUCCCCGCCUGGCAGAACAGCAUCCGCCACAACCUCUCGCUCAAUGACUGCUUCGUCAAGAUCCCCCGCGAGCCGGGCAACCCGGGCAAAGGCAACUACUGGACCCUGGACCCGCAGUCCGAGGACAUGUUCGACAACGGCAGCUUCCUGCGGCGCCGGAAGCGCUUCAAGCGCCACCAGCAGGAGCACCUGCGCGAGCAGACGGCGCUCAUGAUGCAGAGCUUCGGCGCCUACAGCCUGGCGGCAGCGGCCGGCGCCGCGGGACCCUACGGCCGCCCCUACGGCCUGCACCCCGCGGCCGCGGCCGGUGCCUACUCGCACCCGGCGGCCGCCGCCGCUGCAGCCGCGGCCGCGGCGCUCCAGUACCCGUACGCGCUGCCGCCGGUGGCGCCCGUCCUGCCGCCCGCCGUGCCCCUGCUGCCCUCGGGGGAGCUGGGCCGCAAAGCCGCCGCCUUCGGCUCGCAGCUCGGCCCCGGCCUGCAGCUCCAGCUCAACAGCCUGGGCGCCGCCGCGGCCGCCGCGGGCACCGCGGGCACCACGUCGCUCAUCAAGUCGGAACCCAGCGCUCGGCCGUCGUUCAGCAUCGAGAAUAUCAUCGGCGGGGGCCCCGCGGCGUCCGGGGGUUCGGCCGGGAGCGCUGGGGGCACCGGCGGCACCGGGGGAGCCGGGAGCGGCGGGAGCGGCACGGCGCAGUCCUUCCUGCGGCCGCCCGGGACGGUGCAAUCCGCAGCCCUCAUGGCCACGCACCAGCCACUGUCGCUGAGCCGGACGACGGCCACCAUCGCGCCCAUCCUGAGCGUGCCGCUUUCGGGACAGUUCCUGCAGCCCGCCGCCUCCGCUGCCGCCGCCGCCGCCGCCGCCGCGCAAGCCAAGUGGCCCGCGCAAUAGGGGCGCGCCGGCCCGCGGCUGGGACGCCAGGCCGGCGGGCGGCCCCGGGCUGCGGCUGAACCUCUACACCCUGAGCGCUCCGCCCGGGUCCCGGUGACCCUGCCCAAUCCUGGACUCUGCGAAUCCCUCACUCCCCCCUCCCCACCCCACCCAACACCGACCUUCCGUGACCUCCAUCCCCUCGCUUACACCACGCUGGCCCAGCCAACUCAACGCGCGCCUGGCCCGGGAAUAGCUUUCCGUUCAGGUAAAACCCACAACCGAAUUUCAAAAAAAAAAAAACAAAAACAAAAAAAAACCCACCCCGACGGCGCUUGCUAUCACUUGCCGUGAAGGGGGUGGGGGGAGGGUAGAAGAAAAAUUCUUUGUACAUAUUUGUAUAAAAAUUAUUGACUUUCCUUUUGGGGUUUUUAUUUUUUUAAGGAAAAAAAACAAAUUCAGUAGAUUUAGAGGUCUGAACUUUCAUUUUUUUGGAAGGUUCACUCUCCGCAGUUUUAUCUGAGAAAAGAAUGUAUAGAGACGUUGGGAGAUUUUAAAUACAAAAACAAAUUUUUUUCAAAAGAGCGAAGUGUCAUACUAUUAUAAAGGUCUGUUUAUAUAUGAAUGAAUAUAUGGUAUUCUAAAUGUUAUUCCAUCGUGUUGUACACAAAUUUGUAAAUAAAUUUUUAAAAUGUU